AUGAAGGAAGAACCAUUGAAAGUCAUCUCGCCCUUCUCUAUCCCUCCCAUCGCUCGCCGCAUCGACCCUACUCGAAUCGCUACAUCCAAACCCGAUGGCUCAGACAACAACAAUGACCGUGUAGAAAUCGGACCAACCCCGCUGGCGUUUAAGGAGUGGCGGGCUCUUGGUCUACAGCCACCUCAUUUACCGACCAUGCGAGCAUAUCGUCUGCAACGUAUCCGCGAUGAACUGGCAAAUCGCGACCUCGGCGGCAUCCUACUGUUCGAUCCGCUCAACAUUCGCUAUGCCACUGACACUACCAAUAUGCAAUUAUGGACAACGCACAAUCCCGCCCGUGCCUGCUUUGUUGCAGCGAGUGGUUACGUGGUGUUGUGGGAUUUCCAUGGCUGUAACCAUCUUUCCGCCCAUCUGCCGUUGAUCAAUGAAAGACGCUCGGGCGCGUCGUUCUUUUACUUUGAGACCGGCAACCGAACCGAUGAACAAGCCGCACGUUUCGCCACACAAAUUGACCAAUUGCUGCGACAGCAUGCUGGCAGUAACCGUCGGCUAGCCGUGGACCGCAUCGAGGUUGCCGGGCUACGGGCUCUCGAUGCUUUGGGUCUGGAUAUCUGUAACGGACAAGUUGUCACUGAGCACGCGCGAAUGAUCAAAGGCCCAGACGAGAUUCUGGCCAUGCGCUGUGCAGUUGCGUCUUGCGAAGCAGCAAUCGGCGAGAUGCGUCUGGCUAUGCGCGCAGGCGCCACCGAGAAUGAUGUCUGGGCUGCUCUGCACGCUGGAAAUAUUCGUCGUGGUGGUGAAUGGAUUGAAACCCGUCUUCUUAGUUCCGGACCGCGCACCAACCCUUGGUAUCAGGAAUGCGGUCCACGAGUACUCCGCGACGGGGACUUGGUGGUCUUCGACACUGACCUUAUCGGUGUGUACGGUAUCUGCGUCGACGUGUCACGGACCUGGAUUUGUGGCGGCCUCGAACCUACCGCGGAACAGAAACGUCUUUACCGCAUCGCUCAUGAACACAUCACUACCAACAUCGAGAUGGUCAAGCCCGGGGUACGCUUCACAGACCUGACACGCAACGGUCAUCGCUUACCUGAAUCAUGCCGUGCUCAGCGCUAUGGUGUCAUGUUCCAUGGUGUAGGUCUUUGCGAUGAGUACCCGAGUAUUCGUUAUCCCGAAGAUUUGGAAUCCUAUGGCUAUGAAGGAGAGCUACAAGCGGGUAUGGUUCUUUGUGUCGAGGCCUAUGUUGGAGAGGUCGGUGGCAAAGAUGGUGUCAAGUUGGAGAACCAGCUACUUGUAACUGACACGGGUUAUGAGUUGCUCACUCACUAUCCAUUUGAACAAAGUUUUCUUGACUGA